AUGGAGAAUGGACAAUCAAUGGUUGAACAACUUGAAGAAGCAUCUACAUCUGGGGCAAAAGUGAUACACUCUCCAUUGAAAGUAAGAACCAAAGGUCGUCCACCCAUAAAGAGGAAACAAUCCAAGGUUGAACAAAUAGUGAAGAAAUCAAUUGCAAAGGCCCGAAAGAAGGUAUGUGCCCUCCUAAGUGGAGGAGGAUAUGCGGAGAAGGUAGCAGUUCCUGCUGGGCAGCUACUUCCCAUCCCAGAAGGAGUGUCCGUGAGAGAUGCAGCUAGUUUUCCUGAAGUUGCAUGCACUGUUUGGUCUGGAGUUAGUGGUUAUCCUACCUUGAAGUUUUUUCCCAAGGAAAACAAAGCUGGUGAAGAUUAUGAGGCUGAACGGGAGUUGGAUGAUUUUGUUAAAUUUAUUAAUGUGAAAUGUGGCACUAGCCGUGAUGCGAAUGGUCAACUUACUUUCCAGUCCGUAGUUGUAUAUGAUAGUUACUAUCUUGUCUAA